AUGACAGCAGAGGUCGGCUCGGACCGCCGCUCUUCAACACCGCACGCGACCUCAACUUCAACCUCGGAUGAAACCAGUUCCACCACCAGUGACCACGCAUCACGAGGACCCUCAUCAUCAGAACGACGAUCAGCCUCCAGGAGGUCCUCUCGGUCACAAAGCCAACGUCCAGAGGCAACCCGGGUGCAUUCGGCCGCUUAUCUCGAUGAUCAUGCACUUUAUCACAGUCACGAAGACAGCGAUCAUCGGGAGGAGGCGGCAAACGAUGAGGAGGAAGAUGGCUCUUCCUUGGACGCGACCAAGAUCGAGACGGUGGAGGAAGUAAGAGGUGGGAUUGUGAAUGAGCGCGAUGUCGAUCUAGAGAAAAGUCAGGCGCCGGUAGAGGAUCUGGAACAAUCAAGGACACUCCGGUCGACCAAGUCACGUCAUGGGGGGAAACUGGUAACAUGGGAUGGCCCAGAUGACCCCGAAAACCCCAAGAAUUGGCCAACGGGGAAGAAGUGGGCUGCGACGCUCACAGUGUCCAUGUUCACUUUCAUCUCGCCCGUCUCGUCUUCCAUGGUCGCUCCAGCCUUGUCCACUAUUGCCAGCCAAUUCAAUGUCACCGAUCAGAUCAUUUCGCAGCUCAUGCUUUCCAUCUUCAUCCUGGCCUACGCGGUGGGGCCUCUGAUUCUGGGACCCUUGUCGGAGAUCUAUGGGCGCGCAAUCGUCCUACAGCUGGCCAAUGCCUUCUUCCUCGUGUUCAAUGUCGGUUGCGCCGUCUCGCAGAACAAGACCCAACUGAUUGUGUGUCGGUUCUUCUCCGGCCUGGGCGGCAGUGCCCCCCUUGGCCAUAGGUGGUGCCUUGCUCCGCUUCUGGGGCCUGCACUGGGCCCCGUGGCAGGAGGCUUCAUCGCAGAAAACACAUCCUGGCGGUGGGUGUUUUACUCUGUAUCUAUCGCGGACGCCCUGGUUCAAUUCAUGGGUCUCUUCCUGCUCCGCGAGACCUACGGGCCUCGCAUUCUGCGCGACCGCGCCAAGCGGAUCCGCAAAGAAACCGGCGACCCCAGCUGGAAAACGGAAGCAGAGAUGCAGAAGAAGACUCUCACCGAAGUCCUGAGCGGGUCUCUUGUUCGACCCUUUCGUCUUCUCCUCACUCAAUCGAUCGUCCAGGUCGUCGCCUGCUACAUGGCCUAUAUUUACGGACUGAUGUAUCUCGUGCUCUCCACUUUCCCCGUCCUCUGGACCAGCAAAGCAUACUACAACGAAUCCAUCGGUAUCGGCGGACUCAACUAUAUCUCCUUGGGCCUGGGCUUCUUCCUCGGCUCGCAGAUCUGCGCCCCGCUCAACGACCGCAUCUACCGCCGUCUCAAGGCCACAAACAACGGCGUCGGACGACCCGAGUUCCGCGUGCCUCUCAUGGGCAUCGGCGCCUUCCUCGUCCCCGUAGGACUCUUCAUCUACGGCUGGACCGCCCAAACGCAUUGCCACUGGAUAGCGCCCAACAUCGGCACCGUGCUCUUUGCCGCGGGAACAAUCAUCUCGUUCCAGUGUAUGCAGACGUACAUGGUGGAUGCGUACACGCGGUACGCGGCGAGUGCGUUGGCAGCGUCCUCGUCGCUGCGCUCGCUCGCCGGGUUCGGGUUCCCUUUGUUUGCGCCUUAUAUGUAUAACAAGUUACACUAUGGGUGGGGAAAUAGUCUGUUGGCGUUUAUCUCGAUUGCGAUUGGGCUUCCGGCGCCGAUCUUCCUAUGGAAAUUCGGCGAGAUUUUGAGAAAGAGGAGCACGUAUGCUGCUGGUUGA